AUGGCCGGGACGCACUGGCGCGGCAUGUUUGAGCAGCGCAUCAAGGACGUCAUCAAGGAGGCAGAGGAGGCGGAAGGCAAGGUCAUCUUGUUCAUCGACGAGAUGCACAUGGUCGUUGGCGCCGGCGGCGACAAAGGAGGCCCCAUAGAUGCCGCCAACAUCCUCAAGCCGGCGUUGGCCCGCGGCCGCAUCCGUUGCGUGGGCGCCACCACCUCCGAAGAGUAUCAAAAGUACAUCCAGAAGGAUGCAGCGCUUGAGCGUCGGUUCCAGAAGGUUGUCGUCGAGGAGCCGAGUGUGCAUGCGACCAUUGCCAUCCUGCAGGGGCUGAAGCACAGGUACCAAGAGCACCAUGGCAUAAAAAUCCAGGACGAUGCUCUUGUAGCCGCUGCACAUCUCGCUGCCCGCUACAUUACAGGCCGCAAAUUCCCUGAUAAAGCAAUUGACCUUAUGGAUGAGGCAUGCGCCACAACAAAGAUGCACGCGGACAAACAAACGACCGCGGAAAUUGUUGUUAGCCCUGGACAUGUAGCACGGGUUGUGAGCCGAUGGACUAAAAUUCCUCUCGCUACACUUGACCAAGAGGAGAAGGAGAAGUUGAUCCACCUAGCGAAAAAAUUGCAUGAGCGUGUUGUUGGCCAGGAUGAAGCUGUUAAUUUGGUUGCGCAAGCAGUCCUACGUUCUAGGGUUGGCUUUGGUCAAUCCGAACAACCAAUAAGUGCAUUCCUCUUUUUGGGCUCGCUUGGCGUCGGAAAGACAGAACUUGCUAAAGCCCUUGCUGAGAAGAUAUUUGACAGCGAGAAAGCAUUGAUUCGCUUUGAUAUGUCGGAAUAUGCUCAGAGUGGAUCUGUGACACGUCUCAUCGGAGGAUCUCGAAGCUACGAAGAAGAUGGACAACUCACCGAGAAAGUCAAGCGGUGCCCAUAUAGUGUUAUCCUUUUCGACCAAGUGGACAAAGCAAAUGAUUCAGUACUCAAGGUUUUUCUUCAACUACUUGACGAUGGUAUGUUGACCGAUGGCAAAGGGCAGGUCGUAGAUUUCAAGAACACAAUCAUCAUUAUGACAUCAAAUCUAGGAGCAGAGCACCUAACAUCGAGAAUGGCUGAGAAAAAUACAAUCAAAGCUGAAAGAGAUCUUCUCAUGAAACAGGUUAAGAAGCGCUUCAAGCCUGAACUUAUCAAUAGACUAAGUCAGGUUGUGAUAUUUGAGCCACUUUCGCAUGGUGACUUGAGGGAGAUUGUGAAAAUCCAGAUGAAGAAUGUUGCUGCAACGGCAGCUAACAAGGGUGUCUCUGUACUUGCAACUGAUGCAGCCCUAGAUGUCAUUUGGUCAGAAUCACAUGACCCGGUGGACGGUGCAAGGCCCAUAAGAAGGUGGGUGCAGAAUCACGUGACCACGAUUCUCUCAGACAUGCUGGUCGAUGGAGAAGCCUGUGCAGGCUCGACAAUCUCCAUCGAUGCUGCGGACGAUAAGAGGGUUCUAACGUUCCAAGUGAUGAAGAAGCAAGAUGACUAG